AUGAACACUAAUCAGUCCAAUUUGAACACAGAUCUAUCCGAUGAUACCAAUAUAGAACAUACGUUGCACCGGCUGCUCACUCAAGCAAAUAAUCAUUUUGAUGACACAGUGAAAAUUGAUGGGCAUGGUUUGGAUUUGGGAAAGGAUCUUGAGCAAGUUGUGAUGGAUAACCUGGACUGUACUGAUAUUUUUGAUUCCGACAUUAGUUCUCAAAAGCAUCUAACAUUGGAGUCUUUAUUUUAUGAUGAACACAACACCGAUUCAAGCACCCUUCUAGAGAUGCAGAAAAGUGCUAAUGAUAGUCUAAUUAGUAUUGAUUUUGAUAGACAUGACCAUAAAAAUGACCCUGCUAAUAAGGCAUCACCACAUGAAAUUACAAACCAAACUAGCGUACAUAGAACCGACAAGGAAGUAAAAAACUAUAAGAUAGAUAAACCCACCAUCAAAAAAAAGAAAUCUCUGUUGAAGACUACAAAUGAACCUAUGUUAUCACCUGCAUCACUAUCACCUUCAUCUUCUUUAGCUUCAUCCGAUAACAGUGAAUCCCACUUAAAAAUAGAGUCCAUGAUUACUGAUAUAGCAUCUAAAAUAGAUUCUGCAAGACAAGAUAUAGUGUGUGCGAAGAAGCCUGCCAAAUUUACAAAUGAGUUUACAAUAAAUCAAAUAUCGGAAAUGAAAGCAAGGAUAAUUAAUACUCAUAAACUGCUCUUGAAUUUCAAUUUCAUUAAAGAAGGUUACGCCAGGUCUUGUAUUCAAUUGAAAAAGACCAUGGAUUCCUUGAAGGAUAGCGAAAUUCAUAGAGCUCAUUUAUUGGUUGAAAAUGAUGAUUUGAAGCAACAAAUCUCAGAACUUACUCGAAAACUAAAUGAAAAACAAUCCAAGUGA